UAUUCUCUCACGAGAAGAGGUAUUUUAUCAAACUCACCGUGGAUACAGUUUAAAGAGCAGCGUACGUUAAGAUGCAAUUCAUCUCGAAGCCGUAGCACUGUGAUAUCCGGAGCAGGGUUGUUUGAAACAGUACAGGUCAGCAUGGCAGCAGGUGUAGCGGCAUGGCUCCCGUUUGCCCGUGCGGCAGCCAUAGGAUGGAUGCCCGUGGCGAGUGCCCCGAUGCCCAUCCCUCCAAAAGACAAGAGGAAAGGCCAAGACGGACUUAUCAUCCUCAACGUGAGUGGCACCAAGUUUCAGACGUGGCGAAACACUUUGGAAAGGUACCCGGACACUUUGCUGGGGAGCGCGGAGAGAGACUUCUUUUUCCACGAGGAAACAAAUGAAUACUUUUUCGACCGUGACCCUGACAUCUUUAGACAUAUUCUCAAUUUUUACCGCACGGGAAAACUACAUUAUCCGCGCCAAGAAUGUAUUUCAGCGUACGACGAGGAGCUCGCAUUUUUCGGGAUCAUACCCGAAAUAAUUGGGGACUGCUGUUAUGAGGAAUACAAAGACCGAAGGCGCGAAAAUGCAGAGAGGCUGCAAGACGACGAUGAAAUGGACCUUAACAAUGACGUCGCGCCUGUGAACAUGACGAUCCGGGAGUACCUAUGGCGCGCUUUUGAAAACCCUCACACCAGCACCUUAGCUCUGGUCUUCUACUAUGUCACUGGCUUUUUCAUUGCCAUAUCAGUUAUGGCCAAUGUGGUGGAGACGGUUCCGUGUGGGACCUUGCCGAACCGGUCCAAGGAGAUUUCCUGUGGAGACCGUUAUGCUCUGGCCUUUUUUUGUUUGGACACUGCUUGCGUUAUGAUAUUCACUGUUGAGUAUCUCCUGCGUUUAAUCGCAGCUCCAAGCCGGUACAAGUUCAUGAAAAGUGUGAUGAGCGUCAUUGACGUGGUCGCCAUCAUGCCUUAUUACAUUGGACUGGUCAUGACAGACAAUGACCAAGUGAGCGGUGCUUUUGUCACUCUGAGAGUCUUCCGGGUGUUUAGGAUUUUCAAAUUCUCCCGGCACUCUGCAGGACUGCGCAUCCUGGGGUACACCUUGAAGAGCUGUGCCUCUGAGCUGGGCUUCCUCCUCUUCUCCCUCACCAUGGCCAUCAUUAUCUUUGCAACGGUCAUGUUUUAUGCAGAGAAAGGCUCUUCAGCCAGCAAGUUCACCAGUAUCCCCGCAGCUUUUUGGUACACCAUUGUCACCAUGACAACACUGGGAUAUGGUGACAUGGUGCCCAAGACCAUUGUGGGGAAGGUGUUUGGAUCCAUAUGCUCUCUGAGUGGGGUGCUGGUCAUUGCCUUGCCGGUUCCCGUUAUUGUGUCAAACUUCAGCCGCAUCUACCACCAGAGCCAGCGGGCAGAGAAACGACGAGCCCAAAGGAAAACGCGGCUUGCUAGAAUCCGUGCUACGAAGAUUCGGGGCACUAACGCCUAUAUGCGCUACAAACAAAAUGGGCUCCUGAUCGACUCGCUGGAGGAGGCCUCCAAGGAGGCAGGACAGGUCCUGGUGGGAAAGGUGGCCAAUCCUCCUUUCGAGAGCCAACAUCACCACCUGCUGCACUGCCUGGAGAAGACCACGAAUCACGAGUUUGUGGAUGAGCAAACCUUUCAGACCAACUGCAUGGAGAUUUCCGUGAUGAAUAAAACAGGCUCUCGGGCCUCAUCGGUUUCCUCAUCUCCGCAUGGCCUCUCAUCAUGCUGCUCCCGACGCCACAAGAAGAAAAGCAGCUUCAGCCCGCCCAGCACCAACAACCAGGAGCUCAGCACCAUACAGAUAAGAGAGAGGCCUGUGGUCAACAGCCGCUCCAGCCUGAAUGCCAAACUUGAUGAGACCAUGCCCCUGAAAUGUGACGAACCUUACAUCGCUCCCUCCAUGGUCACCCUGUCCGCCCCGGUGGUGACCUCAUCAGACGGGGACAGCUCCACCAGCUCCAUCACAUACUCUCAGAGCAACAUUGUCCGAGUAUCUGCCUUGUAGAUGUCAUUCCUAUCUGAUCAGCUAACUGGUCUCAACAAGCACCAGAUGCUGAGGAGAGGGACCACUGAGCAUCAACCUGCCAUAAUCUAGGGGGUUUAUAAGAAUAGCAGAAGUCAGGGUUUGAAGUAGUGCUCUCAUGUGAUGUCAGACUCUGCAUGGUGUUAGAAUGAUGUGGACGGCUGCCUUGGAACAAAAAGGACCCUCAAAUCUUGCUCCAUUAAGCACAGCAGAGCAAGGAAAUGUUGGGAUUACUUGGUUAUCAUUGUUGCCUAAAAGUGCUGAGAAAAAACUUUAUUUUUGAAUAUCUAAUGUAGUUGUAUGUGUUGUCUUAUGAUUCUGAGGAGAAGAGGCAGAUGUUUAAAGGCCAUUCCUUGUGGCCACUGUUGACAAAGCACAUGUAUUCGUAAGCUGAGAGCCAUCCUUGUGAAUAUUAAAUCAAUCUGUUCGCACAUUAGACACACCCACUUCACUCCCCACCACAGUUUAACAUAGAUUGUUUUGAACCCCCUCAAUUAACUGGUUACUAAUAUUCCCCUCACUGUUGUAAAUUCAGAAAACAUGCAUCCACUUGAACGGAUAACUUGUGAAUAUUCAUUAACUGAUUCAUUAACUGGUUGAUGUCAUCGCUUGAUGAGUAAAAUAUACUACGCAUCCUCACAUGUUUGUGAAAUGUGCAAGUGAAAGUCAAAAUGACAAAAUCUGUGUUAGCUUACAUAUUUGACAUUCUGAUAUGGAUCUAUGUGAAAGCCACUGUCAUAACUAAAAAUAAUUGAUAUUCAGAAAUAUACAGGGUAUAUAUUAGUUAGGUCACAAGGUAGAAAUAUGGGUGAAUGUUGUUGGUAACACUUAACUAAUACUAACCCUAAUGUGGACACACUAUAGACUUGGAAAACCAUACAAUGAACAUUAAUUCAAUUAAGUUCCUCUUAAAUUAUAAUCUUCAAAAGCGAGACUUGGUAGAUUUCACUGUGUUAAAGGCCCAUUUUGUACAUUUUUCAUAAAUAUUGUAAAUAUCUCGGUUAGAGUUUCAUCCAACACCCUUGAAGCUGGCUCCUCUUAUUUCUAGAUUUAGUUAACAGUUGUUAACAUACUAUUUCUGUCUGUUAACUGGUUGAAUUAAGGAUUUGCAUGCUGUCAUUGCAAAAUUCUCUUUUAUUAAAUUAAGAUGUGUCUGCUUCCUAUUGGAGGUUUGUGAGUGAAAAAAAUAGAUUGGUUGAAGGAAACACAUUAAGACUGGUAUAUUAUGAUGUAAAUUCUGCAACACUUUGCUUUUAAUGAAAAUCUUGUUAUGGAUUACAUAUAUAGGGUAAGGAAAAGGGACAAAUAAUCACACAUUGUGCAUUUGG